AUGGGGUGCUCGGGUGAUCGUGAAAAAGGCAAUGAUGUUGCUAUGGAGGAGCAAUGGGACUAUGUGAACCUCAACGAUUUCAAGUCCGACUCGUGCUGGGCAGGCUUCUCUUACUUCUUCCUCUGGGUGUUUCUCAUUGUUUCAUUUGCCGUCUAUGGCGUCGACACAUUCACUGCAGUUAACCUGCUGGCCUUCUCUCGUUGGUCCGGCCGCGUUGAACCCGCUAUUCCUUUCAGAAUCUCUCGAUGGAUUUUCGCCGCCUGCAUUCUUACCUCGUUUGCGCUCCUCAUUUACCGAUGGAUUCUUGCCAUUCGGGCCAUCCGCUCCGGCAGCAUCACUCGAAGCUACCUGGACCCUCUUGCGGUGCGCGUGCAGAGUUUCCGUGUAUUUACCAAAGAGGGUAACGGAUGGAAACGAUUCCUCGUUUUCGCCGAGCUGACAAAGAGUAAGAAAGGCGCCGAGUAUGUGGCUCUGUACACAUACUUCUCCUUCCAAUUCUGGAUGAACACCAUCUUUGCAGAUGGUCCCCGUCAGGUCAUCAACGGCAUCACUCUCUACUCAGUGAUGAAGCUGGACCUGCUCCCGGGCGGUGCAAAUACGAAAGCAGACAAUGAUACCUCACCGAUCCUGCAGUUCUUCAAUAACGUCAAAAUUCUCGCUGAAGACAACAACCUGCAAGCCGUGGUCUUGUUCGGUAUGCUUUUCACCUUGGUUAUCUGGGUUCUGUCCGUUUUGAAGCUGGCCUCGGCUGUCAUUCUCUACUUGGUCUUCCUCUUCCACCAUAUCCCAGAGGAAGACGGUACACUCAAGGCAUACUGCCGCCGCAAGAUUAGCACCCGGCUCAAGCGCAUCGUACAGCGUAAGGUCAACAAAGCAUUGGCCAAGGGCUUCCAGCUACAAGAUCGCGCUCCAACUCAACCGACUUUCGCAAGCCAAGACACGAAACCAACACUGCCAGACUUGAAUAAGGGUCCUAUCGUGACAACUUUGUCACGAAGCACCACGGAGACGACCUUGCCACCCUAUACCAGGACCAACUCCAAUGCCACGGAGAAGACCCCGACUCUGCCCAACAUCGAGUUCGAUAGCAAGCCACCGCUCACUCGGACGACAACCCAGUCAUCCGCAAUGUCCGAGUCGGCUUCCCUCACCGGCAACGCCGCUGGGAUGGGAUAUAGUCCUCUUGACCGUCAGACCUCCCCGCUUCCGCCUGUACCACCCCUGCCCGCCAUCGUGCCUCCUGCGAGAACAGGUACAGCCAUGUCACGAUCGACUCCUGGCCCUACGCCUGGCGCGACAUCAUUCGGCAAUGAUCCAAGGCGUGGAACCCCUGCAUCUGGAUAUCGCAACCUGACUGACUCCGAAGCGCAACCGUAUCGCACAUUCACACCUGCGAAUGACCCCUACGCCCUGUCGGGCACGCCAGGAGCCCCCGUCUCUGAUUACCAUGGACCCUCGCAUACACCUGCUGCCAACCCUUACGCACGACCCAACAUGCCCGCAGCUCCUCCUGCUGAUGAUUAUUUCGACCGCUCUCAUACACCUGCUAUUGAUUAUUAUGGUCGCUCACAUACACCUGCUGCUGAUCCAUAUGACCAAUUCAACACGCCUGGCGCUCCCGUUACUGACGAUUACUACGGCCGCUCACAUAGCCCCGUUGUUGAUCUCUAUGCAAGAUCUCACACGCCUGGCGCUGCUGUUGUUGAUGAGUACUAUGACCAUGAACAUGCAGCUGCUGCCGAUUCAUACGGCCGAUCCAAAACACCGGAUGGGUUUUAUGGGCAUUCCGAUGCGCCCGCUCGAUACAAUCCUUAUAGCGCCCAGGGUAACGGCUAUGGCUCGGAGGCUAAUCAAGAUGCCCACAGAUAUGGUCAUGGCCAUGACCAGUAUAGGGAACAGCCCGAAGCCCCCGCCAACCAGUCCUCUUCGCAGGCUCAGGGCGGUUAUAGGUCCUACACUCCUGCUAGUACUGGAGCGUAUCCACCCCCAAUCGGCCCACCUGGGCGGACUAUGACCCCGGCAAGCUAUGCCAGCACAUCUGUGCCGCAAUCCGUCGCUCAAGUGCAGCCACCUCCGAGGACGUUCGCCUCCAUGAGCCCGGAGAGCCCAAUUGGAUCGCAAAAUGGCGGCUACGCUGCAUUCCACCCCCCAAUGCCUUCCCAGACACCACAGCCUCGCAUGCAGAGACCAAUUGCACCAACGGGCUAUCAGCCCUUCACCCGUGCGAACACUGCCUCGCCGUCUACCAUGCAUCGAAAUGGUCCACCGGCGGACCAUUCGUUCAAUCGUGCGAACACCCACCAAUACUAA